AUGGGAUUUCUCCUCACCAAAAUGAUGACAGUCUUUGGAAACAGGGAGCACAAAGUCAUUAUUGUCGGUCUGGACAACGCAGGCAAGACAACCAUCCUCUACCAGUUUCUGACAAAGGAAGCGGUCAUCACGACGCCGACGGUAGGCAGCAACGUGGAGCAGAUUACUGUAAGAAAUACACACUUUUUAGUGUGGGACAUCGGCGGCCAGACUAGCCUUCGAAGCACCUGGUACUCCUACUACUCCAACGCUGAGAUUGUCAUCUUGGUGGUGGACAGCACAGACCCGGAGCGACUGACGCUCACCAAAGACGAGCUGCAUCGAAUGCUCGCUCAUGAGGACUUGCAGAGUGCCUCCGUUCUGGUGCUGGCCAACAAACAGGACGUGAAAGGCUCCAUGACUGUGGCUGAGAUCUCGCGGCACCUUACGCUGGACGCCGUCACUUCGCACAGCUGGCAUGUGCAGCCUUGCUGCGGCCUCACCGGCGAAGGCCUCACCGCCGGUCUGGACUGGAUGCAGUCGCAAGUUGUAGCUUCCUGA